CCUUACUCACUCCUUCCACCUACACUGCCAAGCUGACAGCUCAUCUGCUAAUACUCUUCUCUCUCUCCAUUUCCAUUCUUUUCCUUCUUUUUUCGCAUCUCUCUCUCUCUCUGUCUCUCACUAUUUACUAUUACUUCCUACAGAGGGAAACACUCUCUUUAAUAUUCCAUUGAUUCCUCUUUUUCCACAUUCCUUUGUUUCUUUUUUUUUUUCUCUAUCUUUUCUUUGUGUUUUGUAUAUAUACAUAUCUAUUAUUCGCCGGAAUUAUUUUUCCGGCGAGCCAAAUGUGGCGGAAUCUUGUAGUGAUUUCUUAUACUGCCGAAUUCUGCCGCCAUUGAAUUCUUUUAUUUUCUUUUUCCUUUUUAUUAUUUUCUUCUGUUAAAGCCAAGGAAAGGAAAAGAAGAUUAGGAAUAAUGUCGGUAUACGAUGCCGCAUUUGUGAACACAGAGCUAUCGAAGCCUACCUCAAUCUUCGGCCUCCGGCUUUGGGUGGUGAUUGGAAUCCUUCUGGGAUCUCUCAUAGUCCUCGCUCUAUUCCUCCUGUCUCUCUGCCUAACCUCUCGUCGGAAAAACCGGCAAUCGUCCAAGCUUACUGACACUACCCCUCCCAUUUCAAAGGAAAUACAGGAAAUCGUGCGCUUCCCUGCACAGGAUCACCACCACCAUCAUCCUCUCCAAGUCCCAGAGAUUCAAGUUGAGAUCGGUAAGAUCGAGCAUCGUGUGGUGUUCUCCGACCGUCCCUCUAGUGGGGAGAGUAAAGGGACUGCCAGUGGGUGUGAAACAGCGUCGUUUGGCAGCGGGAGUGUGGGCCCUGAGGUCUCGCAUCUCGGGUGGGGCCGCUGGUAUACUUUGAGGGAGCUGGAAGCUGCAACGAAUGGGCUUUGUGAAGAGAAUGUGAUUGGUGAAGGUGGAUACGGGAUUGUGUACAGUGGGAUUCUAGGUGAUGGUACUAGAGUUGCUGUCAAGAACUUGUUGAAUAACAGGGGUCAAGCCGAGAGGGAAUUCAAAGUGGAGGUGGAAGUAAUUGGACGAGUACGGCACAAGAAUCUUGUUAGGUUGCUUGGAUACUGUGUUGAGGGUGCAUAUAGGAUGCUUGUGUAUGAGUAUGUUGACAAUGGUAAUCUUGACCAAUGGCUUCAUGGCGAUGUUGGAGAAGUCAGCCCUCUAACAUGGGAUAUCCGUAUGAACAUUAUAUUGGGAACAGCUAAGGGAUUGGCCUACCUUCAUGAGGGUCUUGAACCGAAGGUUGUCCAUCGAGAUGUUAAAUCUAGCAACAUACUACUUGAUCGCCAGUGGAAUGCUAAGGUUUCUGAUUUUGGCCUUGCCAAGCUCUUGUGUUCUGAAAGGAGUUACGUAACAACACGGGUGAUGGGAACAUUUGGUUAUGUUGCACCAGAAUAUGCUUGCACAGGAAUGCUGAAUGAGAAAAGUGACGUUUAUAGCUUUGGUAUUCUCAUCAUGGAGAUAAUUUCCGGGAGAAGCCCUGUUGAUUAUAGUCGACCUCAAGGAGAGGUGAAUUUGGUGGAUUGGUUAAAAACCAUGGUUGGCAACCGAAAAUCUGAAGAAGUAGUUGAUCCUAAGUUGCCAGAGUUGCCUGCUUCCAAAGCACUAAAACGUGUUCUCUUGGUUGCUCUUCGAUGUGUUGAUCCUGACGCAACAAAGAGACCCAAAAUGGGGCAUGUGAUCCACAUGCUUGAGGCAGAUGACUUGCUAUUUCGUGAUGAACGCCGAAUAGGGAAAGAAUCUUCACAUUCACGCCAUGAUUAUGAACAAGAAAAUCACAGUGUUGCAAAAUUAGGUGACAAACAAUUGGGUGAAGGCACUUCAGACACAAGCGAAGGUGAUAGUAGUAGGAAUCUUCAUCAGCCAAAUAGAUGGAGAUAACGUCAUCGGAGAAUUAGGUGAUUAACUAAUUUACUUCUCCGAGCCAUUGGACCUCCUCUUAUUUUUCCCCCCUUUUUGGUAGAAUCCCCCUUCCCCACCUCUCUUCCCUUUUGUAGGUAUUUUAUUGUGUUUGUUGUACCUUCAAUUCAAAGAAACAAUAAUCUGCAUUUGUUCUGUGCUUAGCUUUCAUAUCUUUUGAGAUAUAUCCUACUUCAAUUGGAUAUAGUUGUACAAUUGAAAGAAUUCAUUCAUUAUUCUUAUAGAAACCAUAGUUAUUAGAUUUUCUUUUUCAACUUCUUGUAAAACAAAUACAGUUACGCAUUACAAUGUACUAUCUAUUUCAUCCAAAAA